UUGUAAACAAUGUAGAAGAACUGUUAUUUAUUUUUUACUUCGUUUUUUUUUUUUUUUAUCACUGUUCCUUGCAAUUUGAAUAAUACAAGUCUUACCAGAUUUCUUAGGCUGUCAACUUGUAUGUUUAAUAACAGGAUUUGCAAACACUCUUGUCUAGCAGUCACUGAUUAUAAAUUUGAACUUACACCUCUCAUCUAUCAUAUAACUACUCAAACAUUUUUCAUUGGAGUAGUUUGUAAUUUGCUGAGGAGCUAAAUUGGCAUCGUACUACAGCUGCACCACUCUUAUUUUGGACAACAUGUUGAAAAUCAACAUUUGCAUUUUGGUGAUAGUCUUCAGCAUGCUAGUUAACCAUAUAACCAUGACCACAGAUAUUUUUGUAAAGAAGGAAUAUGAAGAAAAGAGGUCAUUUAUUAUGGAUAGAUAUCCAAAUUUGUUCUACACAGAAAAGCAGUUAAGUGAUAUUUUUGAGAAGGAAUGGAUCCAGAAUCAAUAUCAUUAUCCUGUUUUUAAAAGAGAACGAAGAAGUUUGCAUUUAGAUGAGGAAUUUUGUUGCCCAAUAACACCUACUUUCCAAAUGCUAGAUGUCCUGCAAAAUUUAGAUGGACUUGAAAGACCUAUAAUUCAUUUUGAGGAUGCGUACCAAGUUAUUCCUUGGGUUAGUUGUUCAAGCGAGGGUCUUUGUCCUGAAUGCAGAUCAAGGAACAGAACAAUUUCCUUGCUGGCCUGGGAAAAUGCAACCGAAUUGACACCAACUUUUGACUUAUUCUCUGUCCCUCUUUAUUGCACAUGUAUUCCUGGCUAGACUGUGUUAAAGCAAUCCAAACAUUUCAAGCAUUAUCAUUUAAAUACUUUACAUCUUUCUUGAAAGUAGUACAUUGUAUACAUUUCAUUAUAUUGAUUGCGUUGUACUCAUUCAUUAUAAUAAACUAUAUUUCUGAGAUA